AAAUCGGAGUGUUUACGCAUAAAAGAAAAUGUGAAAAGUCUCGAAAUGGAGAUUUUGAGCCAGAAUAUGAAAAGGAAGAAACCAGCAGGAAAACUUGAACAUGCUCGGAAAGACUUGUCAAAUGACAGUUUGUUGACAGAAGCACAAGGUCAAGGUACAAGCUCUGUGCAACAUGAUGAAAAAAUGGAAGAACCCUUAGACAGGAUUAAAUCAGAGUGUUUACGCAUAAAAGAAAAUGUGAAAAGUCUCGAAAUGGAGAUUUUGAGCCAGAAUAUGAAAAGGAAGAAACCAGCAGGAAAACUUGAACAUGCUCAGAAAAACUUGUCAAAUGACAGUUUGUUGACAGAAGCACAAGGUCAAGGUACAAGCUCUGUGCAACAUGAUGAAAAAAUGGAAGAACCCUUAGACAGGAUUAAAUCAGAGUGUUUACGCAUAAAAGAAAAUGUGAAAAGUCUCGAAAUGGAGAUUUUGAGCCAGAAUAUGAAAAGGAAGAAACCAGCAGGAAAACUUGAACAUGCUCAGAAAAACUUGUCAAAUGACAGUUUGUUGACAGAAGCACAAGGUCAAGGUACAAGCUCUGUGCAACAUGAUGAAAAAAUGGAAGAACCCUUAGACAGGAUUAAAUCGGAGUGUUUACGCAUAAAAGAAAAUGUGAAAAGUCUCGAAAUGGAGAUUUUGAGCCAGAAUAAGAAAAGGAAGAAACCAGCAGGAAAACUUGAACAUGCUCAGAAAAUCUUGUCAACUGACAGUUUGUUGACAGAAGCACAAGGUCAAGGUACAAGCUCUGUGCAACAUGAUGAAAAAAUGGAAGAACCCUUACAAUAG